AUUCGAAGUUAAUUUUUUUUUUACUUUUAUUUAGGAAUAAGUAUAGCGUAAUAUGAGGAAUUCUUAAAAUAAACUUAUUUUCUGAGGAGCUCCAUUUUAGUACAACUACGCCAUCAAUAAUAGCUUGGAUGAAAUGUGAUGUGGAAGAGCUUUAUGGAGAUUCUUGGAUGCAUUUUGUAGUGACAGUGUUGUGAUAAAAAGAUGUGUUAAUACUGUGAAAAUGUGCUAAACAUUGUAUUGUAAUUAUAACGGAACGUGCAGUGUGGAUUUUUGUAAAUGUUUAGAAGAAUGUGCAAAUUGAAUGGGAUGAAAUACGAUUGAAUUAAAUUAAAUUUAUUUAUAAAAUUCAAAAUGCCUGUGGCAACCAGCCCUCUUAUAAGAAGAUCGACUUCUGUGAAUUCUUAUACUUCUUAUUAUUCCUCUCCAUCGGGUUCUGAUCGAGAUUUUUCGAAAUAUUCGUAUAAAAGUUCGUACUUAACAUCAAAGUCUUAUAAUCGUUAUUCUAAGCCUCCUCUUUCUGGAACUUACUCGAUAAGAGAAUCCCGUACUUCGGAUAGAUAUGGUUCGACAGACUACAAUAGAUCUUACUCUUUACCGUCGAGCAGUUUGACUUCUAAAUAUUCUACUGACACACUGCAAAAUUAUGAGAGAGACAGAUUAAAAGAUACCUCAAAGUAUUAUAAUAUCAUUAAUAAUUACAAAAAUGAUAGUUCUCAGUUAUCUGCUCUUUUGAAGCACACCUCUUUGUCCAACGAUUAUGGUAGAAAAGAUGCUGUGUCGAAUUUGGAUAAUGAUGUGGAUGUGAAUAAAGGUUCGGGAUCUCGAAAUCAGGUGUCGUCGUACCAGAAGUCGUUAGAUAGCAAUUCGGUAGACAGUGUUAGUUCGUCUAAACUGUCGUCCCGACCGUGGAGAUCCCGGCUUUCUUCUUUGUCGACAAAUGAAAAUUAUAAUCGAAAUAACAGUACUUACACUUCAUUAUCUAAAUCAUCUGAAAAAGAAAGUGGACCAUGUGGACUUCAAAAUAUUGGCAACACAUGUUUUAUGAACUCUAUAUUACAAUGUUUGGCUCAUACAAAACCUCUCUUAGAUUAUUGUCUCAGAGAUAAUUAUACUAUGGAUAUCAAUACAACACAAAGCAGUAUGAAAGGAACUCUGAUAAGAGAAUUUUCCAAUUUAUUACAAAUGAUGUGGAAAAACACAACAAAUGCAGUCAAUCCACAUAGUUUUAAAACUCAGAUACAAAGAUUUGCACCUCGUUUCACAGGAUACAGUCAGCAGGAUGCUCAAGAAUUUCUUCGAUAUAUUUUACAAGGUCUCCACGAUGAUGUGAAUCGUAUUUCUGUUAUGAAUCGAACUUCUUCAUCAGAUUUAGAUGAUCAUCUUACGGAAAGUCAAAAAGCUUCAGAAUCAUGGAGAAAAUAUUUAAAAACUGAUAACAGUAAAAUAGUAGAUAUAUUUGUGGGACAAUUGAAAAGUACAUUAAAAUGUUGUCAUUGUGGACAUACAUCUGUUACAUUUGACCCUUUUUGGGAUUUAUCCAUACCAAUAUCAAAGUCUUACAGUUCAGUGAGAUUAUCUGAGUGCCUUAAUCUUUUUACCAAUGAAGAAAUUUUAAUUGGAGACGAAAUGCCAGUUUGCAGUAGGUGUAAAGUAAAAAGAAAAAGUACUAAAAGUUUCACCAUUCAGAAAUUUCCAGAAAUUUUGAUUGGAAAUCCUAUGGCUGAAGUAAUAGAUAUGAGUGAUGAAGAUGUUGAUGAUUCUUUUGCUAAUGAUUCAGAUGAAGAGUAUAUUCUCAUCAUUCCCUUCAAAGGAAAACUUCCUGCUUCAAAUAACCCCACAGUACACAUCAGAUCAUAUCGCUGGAGAACAUAUAAUUUAUAUGCAAUAUCUAAUCAUAGUGGCUCAACUUCUUCAGGUCAUUAUACAGCUUUUUGUAAAAAUCCUUAUUCAGGACAGUGGCAGGAAUUUAACGAUAGCAGAUUACUAGAUCGCUGGAGAACAUAUAAUUUAUAUGCAAUAUCUAAUCAUAGUGGCUCAACUUCUUCAGGUCAUUAUACAGCUUUUUGUAAAAAUCCUUAUUCAGGACAGUGGCAGGAAUUUAACGAUAGCAGAGUAUCCAAAAAUAUUACAACAAAUGACUUAGUUACAGCAGAAGCUUAUAUAUUGUUUUAUGAAAUCUCAGGAAGAUCUUCAAGACUGUGAACAAUGAUAAUUGUUUUGUUUUUAGAAGAAAAAAUAUUUAAAAGUCAUAAAAUUAAUAUAUAAUUUGUUAUGUUUUAAAAAUUUUAUUAAUGACAAAUGAUUUAUAAUUGUGAUAUAUAAAUAUUUAAUAACAAUACAACAAAAACGUCAAGUAACGAAUGAGUGAAUAAUCAAAAUUAUUUUAAAAUUUACAUGAAAAAACUCUUAUUAUACAAUAA